CAUGGUGAGUGCUCACCAGAUGGCAUAGUCAGUUAAAAUCCCGAUUGUUGUGAUUGUCAAAAUUUUAGUAAAUUUUGCCCGCGUUCUUCGAAUUUAUGCAAAUCUAUGAAUGAAAAAGCGUGCCAGAAGGUCCUGAGAAUGUGAUUUGUUGCAAACACGGCGAAUUAUUGCUGUAUAAACAUUAUUUGAACACUUACGUUGCGAUCAAAACAACGUAACCUAAAAGUUUGUUUACAAUCAAGAAAUGAAAACUGUGCCCCAAAGAAACACUAACUCGUAUCAGCAAGGCACAAAAAUGCCGGAAGUCACCGUAAUUAAGCACUUCCAACCGAAUCCUACCCGAGAAACUAAGGGAAAUCUCCCCGAAGUUAAGUGUUUCGAGCACCUCCCAGAGGGUAGUAGAUACCUGCAUCUGCACCCAGUUUUCAAAUUCGUGGACAAUUUUCUCUCUCCGGAAAAUAACAAGACGCGGGUUUAUGUUAAUAGAAAAUCGUGUGUGAGGUUUAGUGGCAAUACCAAGCCGACUUGUUGCCCCACAUACGCCGUUUCCAAUGCAUGUGUCAGAAAUCUGCCACCGAAGAAAUCAAGAAUGCCACCUUGUCUCGCUAGUCACAGGGAGAGAAUUCAGACAAACUUGUGUAACAUGAGCAGCAGUAGCAACGUUAGGGUGUCUUUGCGCCCCCCUCGGUGCCCGCCGUGCGCCCCAGAGAAGCCCCCCGAUUAUUACGUCGAAGAACUAAAAAGCGAAAUUAAGCAAAACAAACCGAAGAUUCAAGAGCUGGGCACGCACGACGACGCUUAUGUGAAAAAAUUGAAAGAGGAGCUCAUGGUGCAAAAAUCGAGAUAUUUGGACGACGCCAGGAAUAUCAUCAACGAUUUGCAAAACGAAAUUUACAAUUAUAGGCUUCAAGUGAAGGCGAGAUUUGCGUCUUCGUCUGAGACUUUCGGGAGCGACAAAACGCCGAGGGCGCCUCAUGUGUCUCCUCAUAGAAAGCAAAUCGCUGAUAAAAUAACUUUUGAUUCACCCCAUUCGCCAGGCGGGACGAUUGGGUGUAAACCCUGUGAGACGUUGUGGCGCUCGAAAGCGUCGUUUGCCUCCUCGACCGACCUGGAUUCGUGUCCAGGAGCGACGGACAUCAACUUCGAAGAGAAACUCCAAGAAGCGAAUUUUUUAAUCGACAAAGUUAGAAACGCAUUGAGAGAUAUUGGCAAGGGUAUCCAUAAAGUUCCCGAACACAAAAAGCCCCAGAUUCAGCGUCAACCAGUAAAACAAGCUGGACAACUCAUACAUGUGUUUCCAAAACCUAUCGAAGAGAAAAAAACGCCGCCUACAAAAGAAAUACAAAAACAAGAACCUACUUUUUCCGAAAGUGUGGUAAAAAAACUAGUAGAAGAAGCAAAAACGAAAGCAAUCCGAGAAGAGCGGCAGAAAAUUAUCAGAGAAGAACCGAUUAAAAAAAUGAUUGCACCAGAACCGAAAAAAAAAGAAAGUAUAAUUGUUGUCAAACCGCCUACUGAAGUGACAAAAGAGGGGUAUAGGAAAACAGGAGUUAGAAAAGACGAGCGUUUCUCGGGUUCUAAACACCAGGUGUUCAUACCUAGGCCAACACUGGUUGAAGAUCAUUUUGAAAAGGAUAGUAUUCGAACAGAUAUUUCGCAAAGUAUGGAAAUUUUGCAGACGAAACUAAAUGCGAUUUCGGAGGGCUCAGAAACCGACAUGGCGUUUAAAACCGAAACCAAGAAACAUGAGCCGCAACCUCCAGCUAAGAAAAUUGAGAGAGCUAGUAGUCCGAUAAAGAUAAAAGGUCAAAAAAAGCACCUCGACUCUGCAUCGGGAGAAACGCCUGAUGGGAGUUCAACCAGUGAUGUUGGUUGCUUUUUAAGUAUCGUAAUGGACAGACAAUCUCAAAUGAGCAGCGUUGGCACUCCUGCAACUCCCAAACCUAAAUCUCCGACGCGAAAAAUCUCAACUGAGAAAACAUCGAAACUAUCGAUUCAUGUAAUGCCUCCAGUGCACAUUCCUCGAAGUUUAGUAAUGCAAAAAACUCUCAAUUUGAGUAUUAAACCAACAGGAAGUGUUGUUAACCACAUGGCUAAAAAACGCGUGAAUGUGGGGUAUGAGGAAGUUAAAGUACAUUUAUGUCCAGUUGAUUGUAAACUUGAGGAUGUCAGUUGUAAGCAUUCGCCUGGGACUUCAAGAGAGUUGGUUCCUUGCAGUCGCUCUGUUGAAAAAGGAUCGAAUAUCGUAUAUAAAGAAAUUAUGGAACACUUGUGUCCAAUUGAUUGUGGUCUUAUGGAUGAUGGGUGUCAACAUCCUCAGGGUGUUAUUACAAGGGAAAGUACCCAAGAAGAGUUACUUUCAUCUGGCCACCCUUUACAGGGGAUGUAUGAACCCAGUUUGUAUCGACGAGCGGGACCAAGCAGCCAUACGACUUUAACAAAAUCGUCUGAUAUGCUUAAACAAACACCAAGUGGAAUAUCUAGAAAUCCAAGGCCUUCGGGGCUAACAGAAGAUGCUUUAAUUUUGUUCAGAUCGUUUCAAAUCUUGGACGAAGUGCCGAAAGGCUCGCAACUUUCGUUGUCGACCAUAACGCGUAAAAGGGCCAAAAGUAUUUCAGAUUCUGAGCGGAGGUACGAUAGACCAGAACGACUUCCGGCUUCAGAUAAAAGUUUAGAUAAGAAAGCCCCAACUUACGAACAUGGACGAUCUCCAUGGGAUUUUGGUUUUUAUAAAACACGAUCAACACAGUGUAGCAAAACUUCGUUAUACAAUGAUAUAAUGUCUCAGAAACCAAGCGACUCGGACGAUAUGCCAAAAUCUAGUUCUUUUGACCUGUCUGAUCGAACGCCAACGUCGCAAUUUUCUCCCGGAUCGCCAACUUCGCAACGAAGCAGCUUGGAAGAAGAACGUGUUGAAAUCUCAGCUCCUUCUGUAGAAUCAAUCGGUAAACUUAAGAGAACAUUGAGAUCGACUACAGACCUUUCAGAAAGGAGUGGUUCUAGGAAAAGUCCGCCGCCUAUAUCUGCAGCUGCUUCGUUGCAUCCUUUGGAAGCACCAGUUAAAGACAACCAAAGUAAUACCAACGGUCCUGUGUUUAACAUGAACGAUAUUUUGAACUUGCUGAAUGAACAUCAGGCUCAGGACGCUACCAGUAUCAGUCAGUCCAUCAUAAGUCCAAGUGAGCAAGGCGAUUUUAAAACUAAGAAGAGGCCUUUGCCUUCACCAGAACUCAAAAAAUCUGAUAGUAGUAGUAGCACUAGCAGCAGUGAGCGAAAGAAGAAGAAAGACAGCAAAAAGAACUCUCCCAGUAGUAGUAGCAGUAGCAGUAGCUACUCAAAUGCUGGCUCACCACCACGAGUCAGUCCUCCGAUCUUGAAAACAUCACCAAAUCCGUCAAAACGCUCCCGUGAAACCUCAAUAGCUCGCAGUAAGGAGAGUUCAGUCCAAACCGUUAAGAGUGUUAAAGAAGGAAACGGAAGUGUUCCGGUGUCGAAAACCGACGUCAAUGAGAAGAAAACAAGCGAAGUGAUACCACCUUUGGAAAAAGUCCCUGACACUGAUAGCGUCAAAGGUAGUGUGAAAUCGCAAGGAUCCGUAAGAAAAGGGAAAAAAACCGACAGAAACAUCCAAGUUUCUUUAUCACCCGACGAAUCCUCAACAAGCAGUGAGGAAGAACCACUUGAAGAUUCCAGCACUGUGGCUUGCUUCAUCCGGGGAUUAACCGGAACGUCGGAAGAACAGCUGAACAAACUGAAGAGUACCGCCAGUUUCCCGAAGUCAGACCCCAGCACUUGGUCUACAGUAAAACUCCCCACAAUGAAAGAAUUGCAAGAACUGAACGACCUAGACGAGGAAUCGAAGGAAAAAGUUGUGGGAUCGCACGAAUACACCGAUGCUCCCGAAAGUCCGGAUAAGCCUGAAAAUUUUGUAAACGCGUCCAAUGUCUCAACCCUGUCUGACGUUACGAAAAUGAAGCGCUUGCAGCACUUCCAGAAGAUGGCGCAGAAUGCCUUACAUCUGGAGAAGAAAAGCCAUAAAGACGUGUUCAUGAGUCUGGUCCAGCCGAAGGGCGAAGCUGGGGAAGGAGUGGAUCGCUCCUUGCGAGCUGGUAGAAAUCUGCCGUUUUAUCGGCGCGUUUUGGGGCGGAUUCUUGAACCGUCGAGGAAGAUUCAGACUUCGCAGAGCGAUCCUACGCCCAAUCCGCUCGAUGAAUCCAUUUCGGAAGGGGAAAUUAAGUGCAGGAGUGCGAGUAUUGGGGAAAUAAGGCCGGUGCGGUAUGCGCUUGACAGGAAGAAGCUCAGUAAGGGGGUGAUGCGGUAUGCGAAGAAGUGUGAUGAUCUGGGAGAUAAGCCGUGGAGAAUCGCGAGGCAAAGAACGCAGUAUAAUCAGUGGGUUUCGUAUUAUUUGCAAAAGCAUCAUAAUGUGUCGUGUAAUGAUAGUACUUCUACGUCGCCUGUUAGCAGUAAGAAGUAAAUUCGAAGUGUUGUUAAAUUUGGUUGUGCAAGAGUUGUGUUAAAUAUAUUUUUCCCACUGC